UCUCAGACUUGGCUUUUUUCUCAAAAAAAAGAAACUUGCAUAAAAACAGAAAUUUGAUGGGGUACAACAUUGCCACUUUUCAAUGCGGUGUUCAAAACGAGCUUUGUUUAAUAUAAUGAGGCGAAAUGAUGUUCAUAAAAUACUCAUUUCGAUAUCAUUUUACUUUUCUUUUUCUUUUUUUUGAACACUUUUCAUAUCCAUAUAGAGACGCUUCGAAAAGAAUAUGCAUUCCAAAGUUGUGGUUGCUCAUCACCCAUAUACUGCAGCAAGAGACGAUGAGCUCUCAUUUGUAAAAGGUGACGUUAUAAAGGUCACUGACGACUCAGAUCCAGACUGGUGGGUCGGUAAGAAACAAGAUGGCUCAGUAGGUUAUUUUCCAAGCAAUUUUGUUGAUGUGAGACAGGACAAUGAAGAGAUUGCAACAGCUACACGACAUCCUCCUCCUCCAGUAGCUGUUCCAAGUGAAACCAGCAAUACUCAAACAGAAGAAGAAGAAGAAGAAGUGCCUCAACAACAGCAAGCACUCUCACCACCUCUGCCAACUGAACCAGCUCCAGCUCCGCCUGUGACGGAAGAGGAAGAGCGUUUGAAUAAACAGCCUGUUGAGAAUAGAAUGAAUGUAGCUCCUGUUAAGGAGGAUGCUUUGAAUGAAGAUGAGGAAACCAAAGAGCAAUCGAUUGAAAACAAAGCGGACCGAGUAGUUGCUAUGGCUAGAGUCAUGGAGGAUUAUGCAAUGCAGGAACCUGGCGAAAUCAGUCUUUCACGGGGAGGCAUCGUUAACGUCUAUGAAACACUAGAUCAUGAAUGGUCUAGAGGCGAACUUAAUGGAAGAGUCGGCAGGUUUCCUACCAAAUAUGUUGAGGAGAUUGAUAUGCCUGGUAGACCUGACAUGGGAAGACUACCCAGUAACGGUUCUGGUGAUAUAGAUGCACCUAAAGCAGCAGAGGAAGAAAGUCCAUCCGCUCCUAAGGGAGGUUUCAAGUUAGCCGCCUUCGGUGUUAAGCAGGGCGGUAUCGGUAGUUUGUUAGCAGGAGGUUUUCCUGCUUUAAAAAAAACAAAACCAGUUGAAGAAAAGAAGGACAACCCUGUUUCUUCGUCUCCUCCUGCUCCUGCUCCUCCUGUUCAUGCCAACGCUUCCCCAACAGCUUCACAGAAAGAACCUAAACGAUCUUCUGUGCUUGAUAAGCCUGUCUCUGCUGUGCCUGCUGUUCCUGCAUUCACCGCUACCGAGAGCAAUCCUUCAAGCCCUACGACGCGUCCUGAACCUACUGAAAAGAAGGAAGCUUCACAUGAAUUGAAUCUUUUAAGAGGGGAAUACGUUGAGGUUCUUAACCGUCAUGCAGAUGAGGGUUGGUGGCAAGGUAGGAACGAGAAGGGAGAAGUUGGUAUUUUCCCUUCGAACUUUGUCAAAGAAUUAGAAGAGGAUCAUUUUAGUCCUCCUACACCUAUUCGUUCUCGUCCAUCUGCCACUUCUUCUAUCCAUUCUAAUCUUGGUAGCAGCAGUCUUGAUAACACAGCACCUUCAGCGCCUGCUCCUACGGCUUCCAUGGCGAAACCACCACCCGUUCCCAGACCUACAUCCAUGCAAUCCUCCUUGAGCUCUUCCCGUCCCGUUUCUAUUGAUCGUCCUACAUCCUACUCUUCUAUUCCUACUGAAAAACAAAUGGAAGACGCUAUCAAGGAAGAAGAACAAUAUGAAGCUGAUGAAGAAAAGCCAAAUGUAAUUUUAUUAUUCCUUUUUUUUUUCUUUCAAAACAGCAUGUCGCUAACAAAAUACUGACGUUCUCCUCAUUUUCUUUCCUUCAGUCCCCUAUGCGAUCAGAAGUAGAUUCACCUGCUUUCACGCCCGUCAUGGGCGAACGCGAAAUCCCUGCCCAUCCACCUCCCACUUCCAACCCACCCAACCUAAUCGAACGAACUCCUUCCGAAACUUCUCAAGACAAAUUCCCUCCUGUGAUUCCCGAAGAACCUAUCUCUGA